GGGUCAGUUGGAGGGAGGCACUCGCUGAGGCAGCAGGAGGUUUUCGGCCCGAGGACCCUAAAGGGACUUUAGCCCGCAGUGACUGGCCCCGCGCCUGACCCACUGUUGCUCACUUACCUACUCGUCCACCCACUCACCCCGCUCCCAGCGGCGGUGGCAGCGGCGGCGGCAGCGGCAUCGGCAUCGGCAUCGGCGCCACCUCCUCCUCUCACCCUGAGCAUAGCAGCCGAGGAUGAUAAACACCCAGGACAGUAAUAUUUUACCUUUGAGUAACUGUCCCCAGCUUCAGUGCUGCAGGCACAUUGUUCCAGGGCCUCUGUGGUGCUCCGAUGCCCCUCACCCACUGUCAAAGAUCCCCGGUGGGCGAGGGGGCGGCAGGGAUCCUUCUCUCUCAGCUCUAAUAUAUAAGGACGAGAAGCUCACUGUGACCCAGGACCUCCCAGUACACGAUGGGAAGCCGCACAUUGUCCACUUCCAGUAUGAGGUCACUGAGGUGAAGGUCUCUUCCUGGGAUGCAGUCCUGUCCAGCCAGAGCCUGUUUGUGGAAAUCCCAGAUGGGUUAUUAGCUGAUGGGAGCAAAGAAGGAUUGUUAGCACUGCUGGAGUUUGCUGAAGAGAAGAUGAAAGUGAACUAUGUCUUCAUCUGCUUCAGGAAGGGCCGGGAGGAUAGAGCUCCACUUCUGAAGACCUUCAGCUUUCUGGGCUUUGAGAUCGUGCGUCCAGGCCAUCCUUGUGUCCCCUCAAGGCCAGAUGUGAUGUUCAUGGUUUACCCCCUGGACCAGAACUCAUCUGAUGAGGACUAGAUGCAAUGGAGGAGGCCACUCUGACCAGGAGCCACAGCAGGGGACUAGGGGAGGGACAGGCAGCCCUGGGGUGGAGGGGGCUCCAUGCUGCCAAGGGAAGGACGCUGUAGGGCUCGAGGUGAGGGUCUCCUAAUUGUGUUCUCGGAGUUGACUCAUUGAAAUGUGUUUUCCAUAAAGAACAGUAUAAACAUAUUAUCCACAUGUAAUCACCAAUAGUAAAUGAAGAUGUUUAUGAACUGGCAUUAGAAGCUUUUUAAACUGCGUUGUGUGGUGUACCCUAGCCUAGGGGAGAGCAUUGCCUGUAGCAAGGGGCUGUCCAGCAGGCACAGGGGCAAGCCACGUGGAGGGCUGGUGGGCAUCACUGUAAGGCUCUAGUUCCCCUGCUUUUGGUCUUUAUUGUUUUAAAGAUUUGUAUAUCUUUCUUUGCUCUUAGCCCAUCACUUUUGGGGCCCCUUGGGGGGUGGCCCCCUGAUAUAUCCCUUGAGAUGUAGCUAAGUUUUUUUUUUUUUAAAAGACACUUCAUCACAGUUCCCUCUUCAUGUGGUAUGUACAUUUGCCUUAGAGUAAGCAACACCACCAGUGUCUGGUUUGACCCUUCUUUACAACUUAGUACUAUCCUGGUUUUUGGUUAAGCAGUUUUAGUCUGUUCAGUGUUACCACUGCAUUCAAUAAAGGGGCAUUCAAGUUCCCUUCCAGCACCAGGACUUCUAUUUAGGGCCCAGGUUUCUUGGCUCUCAGUUCUUUUGCCAGCACCAGGGGUUUCCACUCCUGGCCGCUGGCCUGGGAUCCUGAUGUUUCCUUCCUAGGCUUGGAGAGCUAAGAAAGCAGCUCAGCCUGGGAGUAGGGAAAAACUAUUCAUUGGGGCUGGGUGAUACUUCGGAUGAAGUGACGGAGUUCUCUGCCCCCCCCCCCCCCAUCCCAUUCCCCAGAGCAGAGCAGGACUAUAGUCCUCUGCCCUACCCAAUCUGGGAAAGGUGGGAAGUAGAAGGGAGUUAAGUGGCAGAGAAGUGGCCUGCACCCUUGUUUUCACUUAACAGCUUGUUCUUGGGGAGAAGGGGAGGGAGUAAGCGAGCAGGGCGCUGGUCUGACCCAUCCAAGCUGGUGAACUGGGUUGGUCCUUUUGGGGAGGGGGGGGGGGUGGUAAGAGUGUGUUGUGUUACUGUGUCAAUAAACUGGUUUAAAGUUG